GGAUGCAUUACAAAUACUCCCACGGUUCCAGAGUAUAAAGGGGCUAAUAUUCCAGCUUUCUGUCUUUGCGCCUAUUCGAAACCAUGGCACGCCCAAUGCCACGUCUUUUUCUUAUCCGUCAUGGAGAGACUGAAUGGUCCAAAAACGGUGAUAUACCUCUUACGGCAAGAGGAGAAGAGCAAAUCAAGUGCCAGGCCCAGAUCCUAGUCGGCGACGGGAAGAUCAUCGAUCCUAAGAAUCUUUGCACUGUCUUUGUCUCUCCUCGCCAGCGGGCUCACAAAACAUUCCACCUUCUCUUUGACCAUGUCGAGACGCCACAUCACAUCAUCACUGAGGAAGUACGAGAAUGGGAUUACGGUCAAUACGAAGGACUUCUGCCAUCUGAAAUUCAGGCCCGCAAUCCAGGCUGGAAGAUCUGGAAAGAUGGUUGCCCCGACGGUGAAAGUGUAGAAGAGAUGCAGAAUCGCGUUGACAUUGUCAUCAAAAAUGUCCGUGAAUAUCACCGGCAAUACAAGGAAGAGGGACUCAAUACUCGUGAUGUGGUCAUCGUGGCGCACGGACACUUCAGUCGCGUUCUUUUGGCUCGGUGGAUCCGCUUUUCCCCUCCACCUCGGUACGUGAAAUUUAUUAGUACAAAUUUCAAUGUUGAGCCUGGAGGGGUCGCCGUGCUUGGAUACAACCAUAACAAUCUGGAAGAGCCUGCAAUGAACGCCCUGAAUCUGUAUGCAGAGCUCAAAUAGCAAGGUUUUUGUACCUGUAGCAAUAGGUGUUGUACAUUAAUUAAUGACACGCGUAUAGAAUAGACGUCAGAGUCACACAGCUGCCCUACGUCCAGUUGAACGCCACAACGACGCGUCCUCCUAGUAUUCAGUAUUAAUUUGAAAUGAUAAUUGCUUCCGAC